UUCAGACGUCCCAAAGAUACACGCUCCCGAUCAGCUCCCAGCGAACAGCCGAUCUCCACCGUUAACAGCGCAGGACACCCAAUUUAUCUCCCGCCACGUAGGCCACCCAGGAUGAAUCCAACCAUUUGUGGGUCCUACUCCAGCCCCUGGGUACGUGUCGCCCCUCCACUCGCGUGGCGACACAACUCUCUUGUUCCACGGCGAUCCGCUCCUCCGUCCCAAUUCGCCCCGCCGUUCAUCCCCGCCUCCCUGGCGAAGCACCUGACCGCUCCUCAUCGCCCAGUUCCCCGCCGAUCAAGAUCCAUCCCCCUAGGGUUUCAAACAGGAACUUCUAGGGUUGUUUCCCGUCCCUAAUUUCUACUGAGGUUCCCAAGAUCAGAUUUUUCUCGGCCUAGGGUUUUGAUUUCAUUCGAUUUCCCUCGAAUUCCACCGCCAUGGUGCUGAUCUCCGAGAUAACGGAGGACGGCGCGAAGGAGGGCGAGCCGAAGGAAGGAGAUGGAGAGACGGAAGAGGAGGAUAAGACCGAGGAGAGGCUCCAAGAAGAACGAGACGAGACUAAGGAUAGACCCCAAGAUCCGGCCGCGAGCAAUCCCGCCGAACUGGCCUCGCCGCCGGCUGAGGACCCCAAGGAGGAGGCCCCGCUGCCGGCUGGGAAAAUGCUCUACCAUGAUUAUGCCCUUCGGGUGGCCUACAUCAUGCGGAGCUACCUCUCCAUGCGGCAGGGCGGCGCCGCCGCGGGCGCCCCCGGAGAAGCCGGCAGCGGCGGACCGGGGGGAGAGGAGAGGUGCCGGGCGAUGAUGGAGGUGGUAAGGAAGGAGAGCGGGAGGUGGGCUGUCUCAAGAGUCGUGUUGGAGCACACCCACCCGCUCGAGCCGCCGCCUGACCCCGCCGGAACGAUCGCCGGCGGUGGGCUUAUGCCGAGGAUGGACAUGGAGUUUGAUUCCAUCUCGGCUGCGAAGGCAUACUAUAGUACUUACAGUGAGAAGAUGGGGUUCAAGGCACAGACUGGCUCUGGGAAACGGUCGAGGGGUAAUCGGAUUUUGAUCAUGCAGAGGUUCUUGUGCUCGAAAGGGAGUUAUCCUCCCUAUGGAAGUGCUGCCGAUAGUGCUGCGAGGAAGAGGAAGCGCGGUCCUUAUAAGAAGAGAGUUCAAAAGAAUGCGGAAGAAGCUAAGAAAGAUGGUGAAGUGGUGGAGAUAAUCCAGGUCGAGAGCUCGUCGGAGAAGGCAGGGGCAGUGGGCGAUGAGCACGGAGGAGAGGCCCAAAGUGGUCACUCGAAAAAAAGAACAUUUUUGGCAAAGAAGGAUAUGAUGCCAAAAGAACCACUAAAAGAGAUUAAUUUAGGAAAGGAUUCGGCUGCCGUGGGCAAGGGCCAGGAUGGUGGGAAGGUACCUUUGGUAUCGAAUCCAGCUCAGUCUAAGUUGCUGAGAGAUCUUGGAAUAAAGGUGUCACGUUAUACCCACGAGGAAAGAAGGGAUAUAGUUCGCAAGUACAUGCAGAAGAAGGGCAAUAGACAAGCUGUUGAUAGAUCCAUUAAGAUUCCUUCCCGGCAAGCUCUGGCAGAAAGAAGGCAGCGAGGUGUUGGAGGCAAAUUUCUUAGCAAAGAAGAGAUGCAGACCUUGAAUAGACAGGAGGAACCAGCAGAAGAAGAGCCAGAAUUGCCUGAAGAAGUAGUUGCAAAUGCUGGGGGAGUGCCAAUAGUUGGUAUGGUGUUUGAAAAUGAAGAUAAAGCUUAUGAGUAUUAUGUCAAGUAUGCUGGAAGUAUAGGUUUCAGUGUUCGGAAAGGUGGGUGCGAUAAAUCUGCCAGAAACAUUACUAGAUCAAGGGUGUAUGUGUGUUCAAGAGAGGGGUUUCGCCUUAAGAAUGAGGCAAAGAGACCUAGGCCGGAAACAAGAACCGGUUGCCCUGCACAGAUGGCUAUUAAAAUCACAUCAAAUGGUAAAUACCGUGUGACUGAAUUUGUGUCUGACCAUAACCAUCAGCUUGCAGCCCCAUUAGAUAUUCAGAUGUUAAAGUCUCAGAAGUUGUUAACAAAGGUUCAAACUAGAGGUUGUGAAAAGGCUAGUCUAAUCCCUGCUGGAUAUAAAAAUUAUCUGCGGGCAAAACGUUGGAAGGAUACGCAGGUGGGUGAUACAGGAGCCAUGUUGGAAUACUUACAGAAGAUGAAAGGUGAUAAUCCUUCUUUCUAUUAUGCCAUUCAGGUUGAUGAAUAUGAUCAACUGACCAAUGUCUUCUGGGCAGAUGCAAAAUCCAUGAUAGACUAUCAUUAUUUUGGUGAUGUGGUAUGUUUUGACACAACCUAUAAAGCAAAUAAUUAUGGCAGGCCGUUUUCUCUAUUCAUUGGUAUCAAUCAUCAUAAGCAAUCUGUUAUCUUUGGUGCAGCAUUUCUGUAUGAUGAAACCAUGGAAUCUUUUAAGUGGUUGUUCGAGACAUUCAGAGCUGCAAUGAGUGGGAAGCAACCGAAAACAAUAUUGACUGAUCGAUGUGCAGCUAUAAGCAAUGCAAUAGGUGCUGUCUGGCCAGAUACCACCCAACAUUGUUGUGUGUGGCAAAUAUACCAACAUGCUGUCAAGCACUUAGCCCAUGUCUUUGAAGGGUCUGAAACUUUUGUGCAUGAUUUCAGCCAAUGUAUUUAUGAUUUUGAGGAUGAGGAGGAGUUUCUUGCAGCAUGGAACUCCAUGCUAGAGAAGUACAAUCUCAAAGAUAAUGAGUGGUUGACUAAACUAUAUGAGGAAAGGGAGAAAUGGGCUUUGGUGUAUAGCUGGCAUAUAUUCUGUGCAGAUAUAAAAAGCACACUACGAGAGGAAACUUUAAGUACUGUGCUGAAGGAAUAUUUGAACUCAGAAAAAGAUAUAUCAGAAUUCUUUAAACUAUAUGAGAUGUUGCUACAUGAGCGACGAUAUGCAGAGGUACAGGCUGAUUAUCAUGCAAACCAAGGUACUCCUAGAAUACCUCCUUUGAGGCUGUUGUGGCAGGCUGCAAAUGCAUACACACCUGUGGUGUUUGAAAUGUUCAGAAGGGAGUUUGAAUUGUUCAUGGAUUGCAUGGUUUAUAGUUGUGGUGAAGUUGGAACAUUAUCUGAUUACGGGGCUACUGUCAAGGAUAAAAGUAAAGAGCACUUUAUUAGGUUUGACUCAUCAGAUGGUUCUGUCAUGUGUAGUUGCAGAAAGUUUGAGCAUGUUGGUAUUCAGUGUUGUCAUGUACUGAAAGUACUUGAUUUCAAAAAUAUUAAAGAGCUACCCCCACAAUACAUUUUAAAGAGGUGGAGAAAGGAUGCUAAAGCUGGAAGCAUAAGAGAGGGUCAUGGUUUAAUGCUUGAUGGUGAUCCUAAGACAUCUCAACUGCAUCGUUAUAACUCUCUUUGCCGGAUAUUAUAUAAAAUUGCAUCAAGGGCUGCAGAAAAUCAGGACACGUUCACAUUGAUGGUUAACCAAGCAGAUCAAUUUCUUGAACAAGUUGAGCAAAUUUUGCAAACAAAGCUUCUUGAGAGACCAUCCCUUGCUAAUGCCUCAAAGGGUCAACAUAAUAAUCUGAUUGGGAGUGGAGAUAUACACCAUGAUAAUAACCAUGAAAGCCAAAAGAUGAGUGGGAAAAAGAAGAAUAGUGGAAGUGUACGCCGCAGGCAUCAAAGUGAACAGGAGACAAAUAGAAGGCAAAAAGUGAGAAAAGGACAACCUGAGGAGGCAGAAGUUGGAUCGAGGGAUGAUGAACCCGAUGUAGCACCAAACAACAUUCCCUCUCCAUCAAGAAAUCCUUCUAAUCAGUUCCUUGCACCAAAUCAUUUUAUGCAGGGUCCUUAUGUAACUCCUCAUCAAUUUGGACUUGGCACAGCCCAAGGCUUUCGUCCCAUGACCCAAUUUGGUCAGGAUUCUUCAUCUUCUGCUUUACACCAGCAACUGUUCCAUGGCAGUGCCCACUUGACUCAGGGUUACCCAACUCCUGAUAUGCAUGCCCUGCAGUUUGUUGGGAACAAUUCUCAGCUGGACCACCAGGGAGGUGACCAAGGGCACUGUGCUAUUCCAGUGUGGGAUUUCUUAUGAUGUCUAUCUUGUUCCCCAAAAUCUUGAUUGGAGGUCUAUUUUGGCAUGGAAGGCAAAGUUCUUUUGAUGCAAGUUUGUAAACUAUCUCACCAUCGUCCACUUGAUGUGCCUGCAGCUAAAAUUCUGUACAGCAAACUUCAGAUGUGAGACAUGCAUAAUCAGCAAAUAUUAGUCAGGUUUGGAGCAAAACAUUGAAAAAUAUAUGUAGAAAUCAGGGGAUACAAAUCAGUAGGUGUCUUCCAGAGUUGUAAGUCUGUCAUUUUCUUUCUUUUUCUCCAUUUAGCCUUUUCCAUUGUCUUUUGUGUACUUGAGAUCGACUUUGCUGUUAAUAAUCAUUGUAGCCACGAAUUUGUAUUUAUUUUUAUUACUAAUAAAUCACAUCUCACCUGCCUUGAGCUCUUCAUCUUUUCA